AUGAAGCUUAAAUAUUUCUGGAAUGAUUGGCCCAGUUCCCGUGAUCGGGGCUUCAGGGUCCACCUUAGUCAGGCGCUUGUUCUCCACCUCCGUUUCCCAUCGCCGCCGCUAGACGUCGUAAACCUCCGAGUAAACUUAACCACACCACAUUUUCUGACCGUGUCCUUCGGCGCUUUGUGCUCGUAUACCCCAGGCUGCGACCCCGUCGACUUACCAGCGAAUCAUUCAUCCGGCAGUCGUGGGGCCAAGACUCCAGCUAUCCAAACUGCCGGGUUGCGAACAUUGAGGCCACACGAGCGGUUCCUUGUCCUUGUCCUUGUCCUUGUCCUUGUCCUUGUCCUUGUCCUCUCGAAAGCCGAAUCUUCAAGCCCAAGCCGAUGA